AUGUGGGUAGCUCUGAAGUUACUCCUAGCUUGGACACAAAUUUUAAUCAGUAGUGUCUGUGGUUCCCCCCUGGAAUUUAUUAUCCGGGCUGCUGAGAAAUCUUCGCUCUCUGUGCUGGUAAUACACAAUGACUACUGUCCCGAAUCCUGGUUAAAGGAUGUCUUUGGGCAACCAAGAAUACCGGUGGUCUUACGCUCAGUCAAAGAUUUUCACCCAAUAGAACAGGACUUAUCUCGACCUUUGCAUGUUCUUUGCCUGCCUGGGGGUGAGCUGCAGUUGGACCAAGAACUUCUCCAAAAGUUGGCCACUUCACUGGAGGUGUUUCCCCAGCAGAAGGUCGUCUUGUAUGUAGCCAACAGCUCAUCAGAUCGUGCCAGAAUGGAUGCUCUACUAGAAACCAGCGUUAAUUUCCGACUCCCCAACAUAAUCGGUCUCUUGGCUUCAGAUGAGUUGCUCUACUUCUACAAAUACCAACCAUAUCCUAGCUUCCGAACGGAGCAAAAUCCUAUACAAUCCCCCCACAUCUUUGACCAACGGUUCCCCAACAUGCAGGGUCAUCCGCUGAUAGUGAUGCCCGACCAAUGGCUGCCUCGCACGAUCCUGUAUGUGGACAGACGCACGGGUAGGAAAAUCCUGGCCGGAUCCGUGGGUCGUUUCAUUCAUGUUCUGGCCUGGAAACUGAACGCCACACUGCAGCUGACUCAGGAGGUCACUCCAGGACGAUUCUUCCAAACGAACGAGCUUCGGCAGCUGGGCAAAGAUAUGUCCAUUGAUGUUUCGGCUAGCAUGACGAUGCUGGAGCGAGAAGAGCAGUUGCCCCGCACAAGCUAUCCCCUGGAGCUGACCCACAUUUGCCUGAUGAUACCCGUGGCCCAAGAAAUUCCUCUGAAGGAUAUAUAUUGGCACCUGAGCAGCCUUACCAAUAUGCUCCUGGCCGUGUUUGUCGUCUAUGCCUUUGGCUUUGUUCUGUGCCUCCUUCAGCUGUUGAGGAGCGAUAAUGUCCGCCCCGUGGACUUUUUGCUUAACGAUAGGGCGCUGCGUGGAGUUUUGGGUCAGUCCUUCAGACUGCCUUGGCCAAGGAGAGGCUGUUCCAGCCGAUGGAUCUACCUGAUGCUGGGCAUUGUGGGGCUCAACGUAAGCAGCAUCUUUGAGGCGGCUCUGGAGACAAUGAUGGCGCAUCCACCGCGGGAGUUUCAGGCGCGAAGCUUCGCUGAUCUGCGACGCACGAGAAUGCCAUUGGUGACCACGCCCGAUGACUUCCACACUGUGCUGGAUAAGCAACUCAACCUCCUAGUGGUCAAUGUGAGUGAGUAUCAUCACCUGAGGAGUGGCGGCAACGCCAGCAGCGCCUACUUCGCCUCUCGUCUCCACUGGACGCUGUUCAGUGAGCAGCAGAAGCGUUUCACCCGCCAGCUCUUUAUCUACUCCAUGGACGCCUGCCUGUGGUCACUGGCCCUCCUCUCGUUCCAGUGGCCACAGAGCUCCUGGUUCGCCGAGCCCGUCAGCAAGCUGAUACUGGAGAUAAGGGCCAAUGGGCUGUACCAAUUCUGGGUGGGAAUGCAUCAUUACGAUAUGACCGAGGCGGGUUUGGCCAGCCUAGAUGAUCCCAGUCUUAGGGAGACGGUAAAGGGAUCUAAAGCGCUGCGGUUGGAGGAUUUGGAAUGGGUGUGGCUGGCCUAUGGAGGGCUCGUGGCUGCUUCCUUGGCAGUUUUCUUGCUGGAAAUGUUCUGGAGAAGGCUUGGGUUUCAAAUUCACACAUUUAUUCGAGAAUUCCAUGCACUUUUUAACAAUUAUGAAGCAAAUUAA